UUUAUUUUGAUGCAGAGAAACACGACUUGACUCGACAUGUUUGUGAUCUGUUUUAGUUUUAAUGAUUUUGUUUAGUACAUACCGGAAUAUGUUUCGGUGAGUAGGUGUGUUGCUUAGACUAAUGAAAUUCAAAAUCAAGAGAGAUUUUCCCACUUUUAUUUGAUCUGCUCUUCUCUUCUGAGGCAUGACUGUGAGCCUUUCAACAGCAGUGUCAAAAUUUGGCAUGGCAGCAACAAUGAUAUUAGGAGCAGUGAUUGGUAACCAAAUCCGGAAGAAACAAAAGGAAUCCACACCAAAUGUAAUAGAGUCAAGCCAGAGUCAUCUUUUCAAGGAGAAAUCACUCGUCAAGAAUGGAGAGACAAAGGGAGGAGCAACCAUCUUGGAUAUUCAUGAGAGGCUACAAGAUCUGGCCCUCAGCUGUAUGCCCAGCAGCCCUACAACUUCAUUCUAUUUGGAGAGAGGAAAGAAGAUGUGCCAGCAGUUCUUGCAAACAAAUGGCUUUCUCAAGGACAACUCAGAGUUAUGGAUGAGCGAGUGGAUGGAGAGGACAGACUGGGUAGACGGCGAUGAGUAUUGGACUAAAAUGCCCCCACUGCGGCCUCUUGCCCAACCAUCCUACACAAGCACACUGUUAGCUGGGUUGAUGGCGUUGUGGUAUCUAAGCUGCAGUAAAGACUUCUGUAAAGGGAAUUUUUCUACAGAUGUGACACUGAUGGCAACCCUAAAGAAGGUGAUGGAUGAAAAGAAUUCUCCUGCAGUACCUCUUGUGUUGAGAAUCAUUGCCAACAUAUUAGCUGUUACAGAUGAUCCCCAGCCACUCUAUAAGACAGGGCUAGUGGACGUUUUAACUUCUUCCAGAGAGCACAGUGCUUCUGAUGUCUUCCUUCCAGCAUGGAGAGGCCUGCACAAUCUUAAACCUGAGAAAAGCAAAGUUACUGGCAAGAACAUCAUAUAUGAAGAAGGUGUUUACCCAUACAUCAUGCCAGAUGUAAUGCAAAGUGAUAAUGCAGAGGUAGACAUCAUAUUGGUUCAUGGGAUACGAGGAGGAGCAGAACUGACAUGGCGACAACAUGAUCAGGAGAGAGAGAAACCCCUGUUAACACAAGAGCAACGGCAAAAGAUACUCUCAGGGCAGUUUGAGUCAGAUAUAGAUAACUUUUAUACUUCAUGCUGGCCAUUAGACUGGCUGGUUCCUUCCAUUGAUGUGCCAGUGAGGGUUCUUGCUGUGGAUUAUGAAGCUAACUGGUGGCACUGGGGUAGCAGUUGUCCAGAAGAGGCUUUAGGAACUGUAGCAAGUCACAGCAGAAAGAUAGCAAAAUCUUUAGAAGCUGCUGGUGUUGGAGAACGACCAGUUGUAUGGAUCACUCACUCAAUGGGUGGUCUUAUUGUCAAGGAUAUGCUGAUGAAUGAUGCGGUCCAGCAGAGCAACUCGUCUACAAAACUGGAGGAUCAUUCUGAAAGCCUAAGAGUCCCAUCAAAUUUUGAUGCCAAAAUGAAUUUAUCUAGUCAGACCUUAGGUAUUGUUUUCUUUAGUGUACCACAUUAUGGUUCACCACUUGCCUCCUCUGUCACCAGGGGCAUAUUACGUCACAUACUGAAACCCUCCUCCGAAAUCUUUGACAUGAGAGAAGAGUCGCCAGUACUACAAGAGCUCCAUCAGUCUUUUCUUCGCUUGGUAGAGACUCGGGGCAUAGCUGUCCUGACACUUAAUGAGUCCCAUCCAGUGCACCAUAAAGCCACAGGACUCAACCUCCUCUUUGUCCCACCAGAAUACGGAACAUCUGGAGUUGGGGAGUUUUAUGAAGCAGAUGCUUGUCAUGUUGACAUCUGUAAACCCUUAAGCAGGCAUGCAGAAUCAUAUCAGAAGGUGCUUGCAUUUCUCCAGGACAUAGUCAGUAGAGUAUGAAGUUGUUAGUGUGGUAUGGACUUAUACAUCACAAUAUAUUGCCUUACAAUGUAGCCUUCCAUAUGUUUUAUUAUUUAAGGGUAAUGAUACUUAUAUUUUCCCAUUUGUUUUAUUUGAAGAAAAAAAUGUGAGUAUAUACAUUAUAUACAGAUUAUUUCUUUAAAUAUUAUUGAACAGAUUUCAUGGGUAGAUGCCUUUGUUCAGUUCUUUGAAUAUAUUGCAAUUAUAUUAUUUAUAUUUUAUUGUGAUAUUCAGAGCUCAAUGGUUGUUUUAGUUCAUAAGGUCAUGAAGAUAAUGAGGCACUACAGUUUUUGGGUAGUACUUUAUGAAGUGGCACUUAUUUAUGUUUUUUAAUGGAAUGUCGGUGUAGUAGAUGGCCUUUGAGGAGGUAGCUUGUGUGUGGUGACUGUAGGUUGGAAAGUUGAGUGACGUCAUUUUAAAGUAGCUAAUAUUGUUAGCAGUUGAUGCUAAUCUCCAUAGCUAAAACCAUUUGUACUAGGUAGUUUUUACUUAUUAGUAGAUUCAUGAAAGAUAAAAUGAAUAAUGAGGAAUAUUGAAAGGUUAUUUGCUAAUAUUUUAAAUUGACAAACCAUAAAACUUUACUGCCAUCCUAUUUUACAGGUAUACAUUGGUGUGUGUGUAUAAUUUGUUAACUUAUUGCAAAGUAUUUGCAAAUGUUAAGUUUUGGCCAUAAAUGUAUUUACUUCUAUUUUUUGAUAGGAUUGUUACAAUAUCAGGACAAAUAUUUAUUAAUAAUAAAAAUUAUAUUCAA